GGGGUGACAGCACCCUCUCGGCGCAGAGAAGGCAGCCGCACGCACGCACGUACGUACGGUUACGUACGGACGGACGUAGGGACGGGACGACUGCGCCGCUGUCAUAUGGAGCCGAACGACGGGGUUGCGUGUUAGGCGAAUCGGCGGUCCCGCUACCGCGGGACGAGCGCGAGGGCCUACCACGAGGAGAACGCGAAUGAUCGAUCCGACAGUUCGGUGAGUGAGUGAACGCGCGAGCGAGCGAGUGAGCGAGCGAGCGUACGAACGAACGAACGAACGAACGAGCGGACGGACGAGUGACGAGGUGGCGGAAGAGACUGGCGAAGAAGGAAAGAAGGAAGGAAGGAAGUCGGAGACUCGACCAAGUCGCUUGUCCCGAUGGGCCUGCUGCAAGUACGCACGUACCGAACUGGCCGGAGAAGCCAGAAAUGGGUCAACCCAACCCAGCGGUGGCCGGACGUGCGGCCGUUUUCUCGCGCGAGUCACUCGCUGGCCUAGUUUCAUCGGGGACGAGCAAAUAAAAAGAGUCGCGACUCACCCCCUUCGACCCUCCGCUCCGCUAGACGGCGGCGGCGGCGGCUACACGCGUGUUGUCGCCGACGUCGACGUGGUGAUCUCGCGGUCGUCGUCGUCGUCGACGCGACGCUGCCGAUCACUGAUCGCUCUCUCUCUCUCUCUCUCUCGCGCGCGCCGGAGAGGAGGAAAGAGUUAUGGAUUCUCGCGGAUUUCCUGCUGGCCUUCGGCUGGCGAGAGUCCAUCGAUUGACUCGCCACCCCGACGUCGCGAUACGGCAUUAGACACGGCUGAUAGCCGCUCUGCGGGUCGGAACACCGUCGUGAGGUGAGAGAAGCCACAUCAGACCACCGAGAGUUCCGUGCAAGUGGGAUGAUAGUGCUUAGAGACGCGGAGAACGGCCAUCCUCUCUGUUCCGGGUCGCGAUUCCUCGCCGUUCUCGCCGAGCGCGAGCGACCGCCCGCUCGGAAUCAGUUGCAGUGGCACCGUGAUCAGAUGCUGUAAUCGUCGGGACCUGUUCGAUUGAUCUCAACCAGAAAGAGAGAGAGAAAGAGGAAGGAAGGGGGAGAGCGAGACAGAGAAGGGGAGAGGGACAGAGAGGAUCGGCAAGGCUAUCCCGGACACGUUCUGGAAAAUGGCGUCCAGCAAACCGCCGGAGAUGAACUACACGUGUGAGAUCUGCGGCCUGGAGGGCUUCAACGACGAGGAGAUGCGGUCGCACAUGGUGCUGUAUCAUCUGCAGGGCGCCGCCAACUGUCCCUUCUGCGACCUGGGCGAGAUUUCGCCCACGGAGAUGCUGGUGCACGUCAACAGCGCUCACCUGGAUUACCUGACCCCGAGCACCCCGGAGAACGAUGUCAUGGCAUUCAUCGACGACGACUCGCUGAUGGACGAGCACGGGCGCGACGAGUGCCGAGCAGCUUCGCCGUCGAUGUCCCUGCGACCUCCUCACAUGCAGAACGGCUGGGGCAGUUCUCCGGCAUUGCGUAUGAAGCAGCACCAGCAGCAGCAGCAACAACAACAACAUAAGCAGCAACAGAUUUCGCCGAGAAAGCCGGACGUCCAAUUGGCGAAUCCCAAUGUGAAUAAUAAUAACAACAAUAACAACAGUAGCAAUGCCAACAAUGUGUUGGAGGGCGCAGCUGGCCACGGUUCACCGCUGCGUUCAGGCCUAAAUCUACAACUGCGCUCGCACGCUUCCCCAAAACUUCCAGUACAGGAGUGCCCGAUGUGCCCCUACAGUUCCGACAGCCCUCUCAGGCUGGAAGAGCAUAUCAAUCGCCAACACUUUGAUCUCACCUCGCCGUCCUUCCCACCGGAAUCACCGCCGUCACGGGACGGUGUCUUCAACUGCCCACUUUGCGUUACGUCUUUUCCGAAUUCUUCUGACCUUGAGUUGCACGUUAAUAUCGAGCACAAGGAUAUACUCAGCCCUGCGAACGGAACAGCCUCACAGUCUGAUAUAGCCACUAUCGGUAGCGACACACCCGCCUGCCCGGUGUGUCUUAGUACGUUGUUCAAAAACAAUGACGACCUAAUGGCACACAUCGAAGAGCACUUCAGCAAGAAGAGUACGCCGUCGCCGGUGACGCCGGACGUGUCGACCGAUCGGAUGCUGGCGAAGGAUAUGGAGAGAAGGGAGAAGGAGGUGAGGAAACUGCGCGAACAGCGCGAAUUCGAAAUGCUGAGGGCGCAAUACGGUAUGGACAAUCAGGGUAACUUCCGGGAGCAGAGCGUCACCAAUAUGCAACGCGCCGUCUACGCGGGCGAGAUGACGGUGGCCGACUUCUUCGAGAGGCAGAUCGAGCUCCGGGUGGCCGAAAGUAGUGGCAUCGACGACGGCAGUUCUUGUACACGCGGGCUGGUCCCGAAAGUGCGAGCCGUCAGUCAAGCGUGCAGUAACGUAGUGAACACCUGGAUGUGUUCCACCGUGGACCAUUACGCGUCGACCUACGGCGACAAGGGCUGGGGUUGCGGUUAUAGGAACAUGCAGAUGCUAAUCUCGUCUCUCUUGCAGCACACAGGGUACAACGAGCUAGUUUACAAGGCUUGGAGCUCGGGCGCGGGCGGUAACAGCUCGACGGAGAGCCCGUUGCGCACCUCGAUGCCGUCGAUCUCCCGACUGCAGAAGAUGAUCGAGUGGGCGUGGGCACAGGGCUUCGAUAUCCAAGGUGCCGAGCAGCUCGGCGGUAAACUGGUCAACACCAGGAAGUGGAUCGGCGCCACGGAGGUAUUCACGCUGCUGUCUAGUUUGAGGAUAAAGUGCCAGCUGGUGGACUUCCACAGACCCACCAGCGCAGACGGCGCCCAUCCGGAGUUGUUCAACUGGGUCCUGCAGUACUUUCAGAGAUGCGACGACUUCAAGCCGCCACUUUACCUUCAGCAUCAAGGGCACAGCAGAACGAUAAUGGGGGUGGAACAGCUGAGGGACGGCUCCAUAAUCAUGCUGGUGCUGGAUCCCAGUCACAGCCCGGCGCAAAUGUCGCAUUUCAACAGCACCAGCAGCGCGCCCGGCGCGAUGCGACUCGUGCGGAAAUCCACCGCGGCUAUGAAGGCCAGACAGUACCAAGUGGUCGCCGUUACCGGCACUAUGGACGCCGAAGCGCAGUAUCAAGUAAUAACGCCUUUAAACCGACUCGUUAUUUAUGGACGAACACUGGCGCUACGCACCAGUUCUAUUUUCACGCGCCUCUCUUUCUCUUUCUCGCAUUUUCUCUUUUUCAGCAAAGUAAAGUUCUACGAUCAAUGCGUGUUCCUCAAGACAGGUGAGAGUUGCUGGUACGAGAAGCAAGCGAGCCUCGAAGCGCGAAGACUAUAGACUACUGCCUCAAACCGAUCUUGUCCGGCAUCCUUCGAAUUACGUGACCGCGAUGUCCUAUGUUCUCUACCGCUAGCCGAUUUACUCCAUUGUAGUAGUUGCAGAUAAUAUUAUUUAACAAUAUAUUCUUGCAUCUCUCUAGCCGUUAA